AUGGAGCAGCCUCCGGACUUACAGAGACAGAUUCGGAGGUCCGGGAAAGAGAUUCAUUCGCUCGGUGUUGUGCAUAAUGAUAUCCGCCUGCCUAAUUUACUAUGGAAUGUCGAGUUGCAGCGAGUGUUGUUCAUUGACUUUCAUCGGUCGAGGUUGAGUCGUCGGCUGAAGAACAAGCACCCAGGAUCUAGUAGAAGGCCCUCUGAGGAACUGCGGCAGCAAUCGCUAAAACGAGUGCGUAUGGCAUGA